AAGACGGGAGCUGGGUGCGUGCCAGCGCUUGAAUGAGGACACACCAUCCUGUCAGGGCUCUCCGGGAGCGCAGGCAGCGCCGAGGUUCGCACGGAGCCCCUCGGAGGGAGAUGGACGCGCGGGGAGCGGCAGGAGCACGGUGUACUUAUCAGAUGCAUUUGGUGAUCUCUACCAGUGAACCUGCACAAGCAUUUCCUUUCUAAGCUCACUCUAGGAACUGCACUUGUACUGCUCGAGCUCCCAGAGAAUUACACUUAACAAGACCUUUUUACCUACUGAGAAAUAUAAUGACUGAGUUCCUGGUUUGUUUUAAUUGGUGCAAUGGUGAACAGCCUCCACCGAAGAGGCGCCGGAGGCUGGACCGGAAUAUGAUAGGAGAGCCAAUGAACUUUGUGCACACCGCGCACGUCGGGGCCCGGGACAUGAGCAGUGACUACUCCUCAGCUGUGUCAAUUCAGGACCACAUGAAGUCUAAAGGUGGCUACACAAAUGGCACUUCUGCAACUGUUGAAAUAUAGGAAACUGAGAGAAGGCUGGGAUCUGCUCUGUCUUAUGAGGAACCCCUGGAUUGUGAUUUCAUAUUCUCUAAAACCUUGUUAUCAUGGAGUAGGGAGCAUACCUGAAUUAAAAAUAGGUCAGUACAAGCUUUGGUGUUCUUUGCACAAUAUCAUCUGAAGGAAUUAUUGUAAAUUAUCCUUAAAAUGGUCUGUCAUGGUAGUGUUGUAGAAACAACUGUAAUUUGUCACUGUGGAUGACUUCCUAGCUCUGUCCCAAAAGCUUCUCAAAGCUGUCACAUAAGAUGGGAUUGGAGGUCAGUAUGAAUUGUCUGGGAUUUUGGCAUCUGUCUUUUUCUCCUCUCAGGAAAUGCAGAGGAUUUUUAAUUGGAAGGUGUCGCAUGAUUUCACUUCUUA